AUAAUAUGAAAAAGGAUGUUUUCUAAAGAAACCGGUAAUUGAACUGGACGAGCAUGGCUGCCUUUUCUUCAACUUCCUUGCCAAUCCCUUUAGAAAACAAAGAUAAAUUCAUACGAUUGCAUCUGUAUCUACUACUGGAAGGAUUUGAUGAGUCAGUAAUUGCCAAUAAUUAUGAGAAGUCUGGUAUUGUCUGUCAGUUGAAAGACAUAAGAAAGGAAAUUUAUUAUGAAAAAAGAAAUCACUUCUACUAUGCUACUACGAAAAUUCCUGCAGAUAUUAAAAAACUAAAGUAUAGGAUUGCAGUACGCUUUACUGAAUGUACCCAUGAAGUAUUAUAUUGCGGAGAUAGGCUUGGGCAAAGGAAACAGAAAAUAGAGAAAGGAUUUGAUCAAGUCGCAACGUUUGACGUUAUGAACCGGCAGCUACAGGUUCAGUUUCAACACCACAGGAACACUGCUUGGGAAAAUAUUAUAAAAGCUGAGCUACCAAAAUUCUUGUUAGAUGAGGAAGAUCUCUUUCCAUGGAAGCAGAAGUUGAGUUCAUGGAUUUAUCAAAUGGGCACGGGUUGGACACUGAAGGGCCCCCAUACAUCAAACGAUAUUGAUGUAAAAAUGAAUAAAGAAAACAUUUCUCAGGUAUAUAGAAAUGCGCUAAAUAAGGUUAAAGGUAUUACACCUUCUGAGAACAUUUCUAAAAUGAUUACAUUUGUUGCAAUGACUUCUCCUGACUUGAAAAUUGAGUAUGGUGAAUUUGACAUCAUCUACAAAUCCCUGGCCAUGCAUAACUUGACAGAAACUGAACAAAGAGCUCUUUAUGUACAGAUCAAGAAUGAUGCAAAAGAAUUUGGAUAUGGCAAGAAUCUCAACAAUGUAAUAAGCAGUCUUUUUGAAAAAAUAUACGAAUCGAAUCAACCAGAAUGGAUUUUGGCUCUGCCAUUGUAUUGGUUGAUAAACAAUGAAGAAUACCGGAACAAAAGUUCUACAUUUAAUAACUCUGACUGUGGUGCUGAAUUGCCACAAACAAUGGGGAAUGAUUGGGCCACCAUAUUGAAAAAUAUGAAAAAUGAUUAUUCCCAGAGGCGUCUCAAAGAUAUUUUUGAACAAAUUGUCAAGUUGAGCAAACUUCACCCAUGGAUUGCAAGGCCAUAUUUUAGUAUGAUGGAGUGCAAAGGCAUGAUGACUUUACUAAGUGGACAUCAAGAUUUACUUUUUGAUCCUUGUAUCAUUGUAUCGAUUUUAUCAUCUCAUCUGAAAGAUGGAAAAUUGGAACUCACCGACAUGCGGGCUGUUGAUAGAUAUUUCAUUAAAUUUGUAAACGAUGUUUGUGUAAAGAAGAACAGAAACAAAGAGCCACAGCUGAUUAUUUUCAUUGUUGAAAAUAUAGUCGAAGCUGCUUUGGAAAAAGACCUAAAUUGGGAAGUUUUAAUUUGGACAAUGAACUUUUUGUCUAAAUGUGUCAAUGCUGAUUCGGGUUGCCAAAUUUUACGAGAUGGAACAGAAGGUCAGAUGAUAAGAUUUGCCUCGGCAGUUGAAACAUUGAUCCAGAAGAUCAACAUUGAUACGACGAAUUGUUGGAAAAAUUUCUUCAUGAAUAAUAUUAAUAACAUGACUCAAAUUUUCAACUGUAAAUGGCAGUCAGAAACUAUACAGAAAACCUGGCUGUUUAAGAUUACAUGGUGCUUAGUGGAAAAAAUUAAGGAAUUCGGAUCCAUGGCAUCCAAUUUUCUGGAAGCUUACUCCACUUUACCGGAUAUUUUAAACAAAGAUUUGGAGAAGAUCUUUGAUGAGGCAGCGUAUAAUUUUUUCAGAAGCCUCUUCAAAUGCAAUGAUCUCUUCGGUUAUGGUUGGAUAAGUUCUCAAUGGGAACUGAAAAACUUGUCAAAGUUUUCAGAAGACUUUUUUCAGGAGGAAAGUAAUUCAUUCAGACAUAAAGAUGCAACGAAUGAUCAAGAAAGGCAAUUGGAGUUUGUUCUAAAUUGGGAAUACUCUGCAAAAUUUUAUCACGACAUUUAUGGCAAGCUUGAACUGCAGGAAAAUAGUCAUAUAAAAAAAUUCACAGACACAUUGAAAAAAAGUGUCCUGGAAGAUUUGCAAACCAAACAAAUUCCGUUGGGAAUGCUGUUCAUUCUUUCAUCGAAGCCGGAUGUGGUUAAGAAACUUGUUUUAGAAUCAAAAAGCGAUUCACAAGAAUCGAAUGAGCAAGCAUUGGGAAAUUUAGAGAGACUCAGAAAAGAUGUAAUAAAUUUCAGAAAUAUGGUGAAACGAGCUCAAGAACUGAAGACUUUGUGUUUUAUUUGCGAACAAGUGGGUAUUGAACUACAAAAUCAUAAAACGAUGACAGAUAUACCAGAAUUGUAUCAAAUGGUUACUUUGACAGAAAUGGAGAAAUUCAUUCCUCUAUCUUAUGGUGUUGACUGGGAAGAUACCGAGUGGUCUUUAAUAGACUACAUGGAAUCAAAAAUGAAAAAUGUCGUGUUUUUACACCGAUUAACUGAAAUUCCACAAAUCUUCUAUGACAAGCUUACAAACUUGAGCACAAAAGAAGCAUUAAAACUGCUGUCACGGUUUCUUGGCACACUUCAUGAAUAUGCUGAACAAAUUGCUCAAGGUAACAUUUCUAUUAAAAUUCUCCAAACAUGGGCGGAGUCAUUGAGUGGGCCAGGAAAAACCAUGGAAAACGAGGUUGCAAAUUUCUACAAAGAUUCAAUGCAAUACAAAGCAGGGCAAGAUAGCAAUGCACAAGAAGAAAUUAUCGCAGAUAUUAGAAAAAAAAUACAAUGGUAUGUUAAGGUGAUGGACUGCAAGCCUACUAUUGAUAUUCUGAUUUCGCUAAAAGAUAAGUUUGAUUCAGAAGGACAAGAAUUUGACAUGUGUUUGAAAAUAAGGGAGUUUUUAAAAGACGAAACGUCGCAGUUGAAAUCUUUGAUUACUAUUAGCAGCUUUAUUCCAACACUGGAUAAUAUUCUGAAUAGAUUUAAAAGUAGUAGUGUUGACAUGCCAGUAAUAGCGGCAUCAUUUUUGCAAGAAAACGAAUUCGUUGAGUGGCUGCAAGAGAAAUUAAUCGACAUAGCAGAACUUGGAGUUCUGGCUGAAUUAGCUUUGACAUUUGGGAUUGAUGGUGGAGUUAAAACGGUUUCAAGUUUUGUCAGUGCCGUAAAUGGCUUUGAGCCUCUUCUAUUCAACAUGCAUGAAUUAACAUUUGAAAAAUUGCUACGAAAAUGUGAGAGAUUAAUGGAUAAUGCAACGGCAGAUGAAAACCUUGUGAAAAAUUGGCAAAUUUCGGCUGCCAAUUUGGAGUUUUUUCAUGAAAUCGAAUUCAGUCGUGGAUCUAUUGAAAAAAGUUCGUUACAAGCUGUUCGAAGUAUAAAUGAAAAAGGAAUUUUCAAUAUUAGCCUGAAACUAGGUGUCCCAGCAACUUUGGAAAAUGUAGUGCAUGUAUACAUUCCUACAGUUGGGACAUCUAAUGAUCAGCGUUCUGGAAGAAGAGAUGCAUUGGAUUUCAUCUACUUACGAAACUUACAAUCUACAUUGACUUUAAUGGGAGGACUAGUUGAUACUGGAACGCCCGCUCGUUAUAGUCAUAUAUUUGGGAUUGUUGAAAAGCUGGCAAAUACCUUGAUACGUCUAGUGGAAGAUGGCUUCACACUAUUCAACAGCUGCUGCAUCAAAAUCUUACCUGGUGAGGAAGAACAUAUACGAAUGAAAAUAUUUUUCAAAGGGGAAGAAAGAGAAUCAGUGCAGCAGCGAUUUUCGUUAACUGAUGCAGAAGUGGUUGAAAGGGAGCUUGAUAAAACUCACAUGAAGUGGAAACAGCAUGUUAAAGACCUGCGAAUGAAAUAUUACUACCUGAAUGAGUACUCAAUCAGCCAAAUAGUUUAUCUUUGCAAUCAGUUAUCUGACGAGAGUCUCACUGCAGAAACUCAUCAAGAUCAGGUAAAUUCUUUGCUUUCAAUUAUCUGUCCGGAAAUAACGUUUAAUGAUAUCCGAGAACUAUUACAAAUGACAAAAAAACAGCUGAUGGGGACAAAACCAAAAAAUAAACAGGAAGAACCAGAAGAAUGUGAUGAUGAAAUGCAAAAUAUGAAAGAUGGUGUAGAGAAAGUGAAGGCAGCAAUGAAAAGAAAAACAAAACAAAAACAAACCGAAAGACUAGCCAAAGCUGCUGUAAUGGAAAAGGGGUGGUCAGAUAUAAAACAAUGCAAGACCUGGAUAAUGAAGAAUGAAUCAGACCAAACCUUGAUUAAAGAAUUGUCCACACAGUUUGACAGAAAGAUAGUUGAUUUGAAAAAUUCAAAAAUGAGUGCAAUAACAGAAGCAUCAGUAUAUUCAGAAAUUCCAAGCACACAUGGGACUAUUUUGAAAUAUCUGAAUGAGAAAUGCAUGUUUUUUACUGCCGACUCCGCAGUGUCAGACCGGAAAGAUUUUAUAAGCAUGGCCCACCUUGGUGAAUUUCUCACCCAGUUACGCCAUAGAAAUAAAAUCAAAAAAUUGAAGCGUAUACUUCCUUGGCCUCUGCGGGAAGGCCUGCCAAAUUUGGUUACUUGCUCAGACCAAGACAUGCUUCUAAGAGUUCUUUCACUUUACAUGGAGGAUUUGGAUCAGCCUUUGCCUACAGCAUCCGAAGUUUUGAUCUGCACUGAAAAAACUACAGAAGAUGAUGUUGAACGUUUUUUUUGCAGAGCAAUGGGUGAAAGUGAAAACAGUGGCUCGCUCUUGUUCUGUAUGGCAUAUCUGGAUAGACUGACGGAUUUGGUAAUGAAGGCUGUAGAGAAUAUUUAUGAAGAUCUGAAAAAAUCUGACAACAAGAAUUAUCAGCUUGUUGUCUUGAGCAAUGAUUCAAACAACUACCUUGCUAAUAGUUUUAAAGAAUUCCAAGUUGCUGAUAAUUUUGUCAAAGACCAAGAAGUAGUAUCAUGUUAUGUUCAAAAGCAUUUGAUUGUCGGUAACGAGUUCAACAAAAGUAUUGCUGGAGUCGAUAAAUUCAGAAGUUCUGUCAGAUUUGUGGUGUCUAGUACUGUUGGUGCAGGGAAGAGCCUGCAUAUAUCAAGGAAACAAGAAGAAGCAAAAAAGGCCUUCAAAGAAAAGCCACGCAUAGCAACCUUGAGAUUCCUUGAAAAAGAAGUGAAACCCGAUAUGGCAAUAAGGAAGCUUCUACCUAAGCAAUUCAGAGGGUCGUAUAAAGAUCAAAUCUUUGUGCAUAUAGAUAUAACUAAUGCUGUUAAAAACGGCAUAGAAGAAUUCAUGUUCAACUUGUUUGUCCUUGGUCGAAUUGUGGACAAGUCAGGAAAAGUAUGGAUCAAGCAUCCCAAUCAAUAUUACAUGAUUGAAAUAACGGAUCAAGAUCUUGUCUCUUCAAAGUAUUCAAAGAUUUCAAUGCUCAAUCUAUUUCCUAACAUCGUGGCACUUCAGCCUAAGGAAGUCAUUAGUGGAAAGUUUGAGGAUAACACAACUGCUAUGGAUUCUGAAAUGUUCGUGUCACCUCUUUUUCAACGGCCCUAUCAGUACUUGAAACUCUACAGAGAAUAUAUAGCAACACCAAAAAAAAGAGAAAAGUCACUUAAUGAAUUCACUUAUUCUGAAAUCAAGAAUAAAGGCACACAAGAAGAAUGCAUUAAAAUAUUGUUGGAGUACUGUGGAGACAAAGCAUUAUGGUCUCAAGUUAAGCAUUUCGUAACUUUUCUUGACUCUCAGCUCAAGAUGUGUGAGAUUUGGUAUAAAGAAAACAAAAAACUGAUCAAUGAUGCCAAAAGCAUAGUGAUGAAGUAUAUAAUUGAAAUGGGUAAACGAUUUAUAGGCGUACUUGACGACAAUGAAAAUAAUGCUUCACCCAGGGACAAAUCCAUGAUAUUUUUUCAUGAAGUGAAUUUGGAUGACAAACAAGAAGUCCAUAUGACAUUUUUUAAAGUCAAGAGAGUCCCACCAAAUCUUCUGAAAUUAAUCAAGGAAUCGGAUAAAAUUGGUGGAAAAUUUCAUAUAGUGGAAGAAUUUGACGAUCAAGAGAGGGAAAAACAGCUUCGUACUUUGAGAUUGAUUACAAAUGCCCUCACUUCAAAUGAAGACCCGGACCCUACUUACAAAUUGACCACAGAUAAUCUACAAAAGAUUAUUUCAUUAAACAUGAGAAUUCAGUGCAAGAUUCCUGUGAUAUUAGAAGGAGAAACUGGAUGUGGAAAAACAAGGAUGGUAGAAUUUCUCAGUAAACUUAAUAAGGCAUCAGAUAAAAAUGCUAGAGUCCUGAUUACAAGAAAGGUGUAUGGUGGUAUAACUGCCUCUGAUAUUCAAGAAAGUAUCAAAGAAGCAGAAAAGCUGUGGUCACAGAGUAAAACAGACGAAGACAUGAGACUGUUAUUUUUUGAUGAAGCAAACACAACAGAAGCCAUAUACGCAAUUAAAGAGGUGAUGUGUGACAAUACAUUCGAUGGAGAAGCUGUUGCAAUGGAAAACACAACAAUAAUUGCUGCUUGUAACCCGCAUAAGGAAAUGUCAAAAACUGCUAUUGAGCAUCUCAAGUCUUGUGGACUGGGAAGCAAAAUCCAUGCUAAUCAAGCAGAUGAAAAAAGUGGCAGUGGAAUGCGAAAUCUAGUGUACAAAGUUUUACCACUUCCUCCAAGUAUGAAGCCCUAUGUUUGGGUCAUGAAACAAGCUGAUGAAUGUACCGAAAAUCUAUAUAUUGAACAGAUUGCCAAGAAUAUUACUAGCAUUGUUAAAACUGAAGAUCUUAGCAAGCUUGUGUCCGAGGCCCAUCAAUUCAUUAAAGAGCAUAACGAUGGGUUUAGAUUCGUCAGUCUGCGAGAUGUUGAAAGGACAAGAAACUCCCAUCCAUUGAACCGGAUUUUCGCAAAUUAA